AUGGACUCAGAAAUCCAAGAAGCUUUCCAGAAGGAGCUCACCUGCCUCGUCUGCCUGAAUUUCCUUCUAGACCCAGUCACCAUAGGCUGUGGGCACAGCUUCUGUAGGUCCUGUCUUUGUCUUUUCUGGGAACAAGCCAAAGUCCCUGCCAGUUGUCCAGUGUGCAGACAACGAUCAGAACAGACAAACUUCAAAACCAAUUUUCUUCUGAAGACUCUGGUGUCCACUGUCAGAAAAGCCAAUCUCAGGCAAUUCCUGAAGUGUGAGGAACACCUGUGUGGGGCCCACAAGCAGACAAAGACCAUCUUCUGUGAAGCCGACAAGAGCUUGCUCUGUUUGGUCUGCUCUCAAGGUCAGGAGCACAAGACUCACAGACAUUGUCCCGCAGAAGAGGCUGCUGAGGAAUCCUGGGAAAUGUUGGCAAACCAAAUAAGAUCUUUAUGGGAAAAGAUUCAAGAAACUGAAAGAAAUCUCAAGAAACAUGGCAGAGGAACUGACCCUUGGAUGUUUUAUGUGUAUCGACAUGGAGACAUGAUUAGGAGAACUUAUCAGAUGGCACCCCCAUUUCUCCCAGAGGAAGAAGAUGACUAUGUAGAGAGUGUUAUAAAAGAAGGCCAAAACAUAUACAAUCAACUCAUAAGAAGGCAAGAGGAAAUAAUCGGAAAGAAGAGAGAGCUCCGAGAAAUACACAAGGAGCUCAUUCAAAUGUGCUCUAAACUAGACGUGGAGCUGCUCCAGGAAUUGGAAGACAAGCUGAAACGGAGUGAGUCAGCACAGCUGCACGUGCCUCAGCCUCUGCUCCCAGAACUCCCUGCACGCCCCAUGUCUGGACUGAUGGACUGGCUCAACCUCUUCCGAGUCAACUUUUUAUUCAGUAAUGAAGUAAGCAGUCAUCACAUCAGGCUGUUUGAUGAUGCAAGACGUCUGACAUAUGAACAUGACAGCCUCCAUGCAUCUUCGGAUGGUGGAACAGCAAAGUAUUUUGCCUCAUGGGGAGACCAGAGCUUCACCUCUGGCAAACAGUACUGGGAGAUGUUUGUGGACAGCUCUUGGGAUUGGGCUGUAGGCGUCUGUAAGGAUUCCUGGAUAAGGAAGGAUGAUAGCAUACUGGACGAGUCCAACAGGGAUAACUUUCUCCUUGUGUGUGUGAAGCAGGAUGACCAUUACCAACUCUGGACCACAGCCCCCACCACACCUCUGUACAUAGAGAGACCUCUGGAAAGGGUUGGGGUGUUCCUUGAUUGUGACAGUGGGAGUAUUACUUUCGUGGAUGCUGCCAAGCGCACCCUCCUUUGGCGGUACGAUGAUGGCGUGUGCACUUUCCCUGUCAGGCCCUUCAUCUGCACUGGCCACAGGUGA